UUUUUUUAAAAAAAAUAUAUUGAAAAUGAGCGAAUUAACUGAGAUCAUUAUAACGGUGUCCCUUCUUGUUGGAGGGUUUUUAUUAAUCUUUUCUACGUAUAUUUUUGGAGUCUGUAAGAAUAAAAGCCAUAAUAAUUUUAUUAUGUUUAACACUUUGUUGAUGAUUUAUGAUUGGAUUUUCUACAUAAUUCUCAAUAUAUGGAUAUGGAUCUAUUUUACUAAUUCGUAUCUGUAUGAGAGUGAGAGUAUGGGUUUUGCGAUUCUCAUUUGUACUAAUUUGACGAUCCUAUGCUCUAUGGUUUUUUUCAAUUCUAUAAUUACUUUCAUCAUAUUACGACGAGAAAUUAACAAUAAUGAACAAUUUCGUGCAUGGUUCCAAGAACAUAAAGUUUUUUGUAUAUUUAUUGCAUUUUGUUCAUUAGGUAAUCUUAAUAUAUUGCACGGUUUAAAUUGUAAAUUUAAUUAUAUGGAUAUAUUUGAUGCGAAAUUAUCUUUUACUGUCGAGAAAAAAAUCAUUCACGCAGGUGUGAUUAGUUUAUUUGCUGAUAUCGCUCGACUCAUAAGUUUGAUUUACGUUAAUUCUGCAAUUUAUUUUUAUGCAAUACCCAUGACAUGUCUUUUCUUGACUUCACUGGUACUUACCUUCGGAUUAUUUCAUAGAUUUUAUGAAUCAAUGAUUAGAGGUUAUGAAAAACCAACUGUACAAGAAUUAAGUGUAAACAAAAAGCAAUUUUCAGAGGCAUAACUUUUUAUUAUUAUUAUUUUUAUUGUUGUUGUUGUUUAGUAUUAUAUCUUUAGUACAGUUGUUCUAUUAAAGGUUAGAACAUAUUAUAUAAUAUAUCUUUCGAAUAUACAUUAGUUAACGGUUAGAUUCAUAAAUUUAAAGAUUAGGUUAGGAUUUUAUGUAUUUAGUACAAUAUAAUUAAUAAUAAUAAUUAAUAAUUUAAAGUUACUAAUUUAUUGUGUUAAAGUUCCGUCGUAAUUGUAACCAUAUUACACUAUGAUUCAUAUUUCAUUUAAUUAUACUAUAGGAUGUGAUUUACUGUAUCAUAACAAAUAAUGUAACCGG